AUGAUAUUAGUUAACGUAGCGCGAGCUUUGUAUUUCAUUUUCAGAGCCAUAUUUUGCAACUGGCAGCAAACUAAUGAAGACUUUGGCUUGGAGUACUUUAUUUAGGAGAAAGGCUAAGACUAGAAUGAGAAUUAUUUCGAGGAAGCUCGCAAAUCUACAUUGAAAAGAUCGCAAACAAAAUAGUAAACUAAGGAUUCAGUAGUAAAUGAUGUCUAAUUACUUUGGACUAAGGUUAUGGAUACUCUUGGGAAGUAUAAUAAGAUCAUUGAAUAUGUGGCCAGCAAGAGAGUAAAUAUGUACAUAAAUUUGUUCAAUGCUACAAGCAAUGGCUAAACUCAAUUAGACACUAUUGAGAAGUAUUGCAUUAUUAAAGAUCUCAGAGAAUAGAUUCAUAGCUUUAGCGAAAAAUUAUCAUUGGUAUAAACUAAAAAAAGGAACAUGAGUAUCAAUACUCACUACUACGGAAUAAGAAAUAUUGCAAGGAAAGAUGAUUCAAAUUAAAAUUUGACCAUGCAAUAGUCUCUUCUUGAUGGAUAUUCAAACAACCUUAACUUCAAGAACUUCAGAAUGAACGCAAUAAAUAUUGGUGAUGAGGAAUCAUAGUCAAUGUCAAAUACCUCUUUUGACCAACUCAAGUUAGAAGAUGAUGUUGAUGAAUUUAUGUCGAAAUGGUAGGUCUGCAAAGACAUUCUUGAGAAAUUUACUGUAAGACCAUAAAUCUAGAAUCAAUAGCAACCGUAGCAGAGUUAUAUUUCUCAGGAUCAAAUAUAGCAGUACAUAUUUGAACUCUAUGUCUCAGAAAUUUUAGAUACAAAUAAUAAGUAAGAAUUUGAGGAUUAUUUAAGCAAAAGUGAUAACUUCACUGCUCAGGAUCAGAAGUACUUGAACUAGAUAAAUGAGAUUUUAUUCAAAAGAGAAGUUGAGAUGUAUAAUCAAAAGUCUAUGGAGUAAUAAAAAUAUCUAGAAUAAAUCUAGAUUGAGGCUUAAUAAAAAAUCAAGACUCUAGACUUCGAAACCACUUAAAUUAAGAUGAAAUUCUAAUAGGAAGGUCAAUAUGAAAGAUACGAAAAAGUUAAGGAUGAGAGAAAGAGUAUAGGUAACUAAGGAUAUGUGAUAUCACCUUCAAAUGAAAUUAUCGAAAUCUUUAGCAACCUGAAUAUCUUGACAGAUAAAUAGUAACUUAGAGUGGAUCAAGCUCUAUUAGAUCUUUAGAACAUUAAUGCUAAAUUUAACUAAGAUGAAAAUCAAGCAAAGAUUUUACUACAUCAGAUGGAGAAACUAGAAAAUGAUCAAAAAAUUAUUUAAUGA